AUGCUGGACGUUCUGGACAAGUAUCCAGUGCUAUCGGCCCUGUUGCCCUUCGUCUAUUGGAGCACCUUGCCAGGCAUCGGUACGCAACUCGCCCUGCACGCCUUCUACACCAUUUCGCCCUCCCUUCGUCCCACGACGCAAUCCGACGUCGCGCUGCAUUUCAACAGAGCUCGCGUCCUGGUAGUGAGCGCCUACCUCUUCUACACGCUCCACCAAGCCCUCGUGGGUGCAUCGCCCAACUUUUACACCACCCUCGGUCUGCCGCUGGAUGUGGAGACGGAACACGUGCCGAGAGCUUUUAGAAAGCUGGCUAGGAUCUAUCAUCCGGACAAGGUAGGUCCUAGAGGUGAGGCCUUCUUCAUCGCUGCUAGAACAGCUGCCGACGUCAUUGGCGAUCCGACCAAGCGAUAUGCCUACGAUCGGUGAGUGAGCAGAAGCGUACCGAGAAUGCGAGCGGCGCAUGCGGCGAAAGCGCGGUGGUGAGGUGUUGGGGGUAUGCGAAUGCUGAUGCGAGGUGCGCGCCACGCUCCCCCCCCCCUUUUUUAACAAGGUUCGGACCGAGCGUGAUCGCUUGGGAGAAGCUGUACACUGUCAGGGAGCACAUGGGACAAGGUUUUCAGGAGGCUUUGCCCUACUACGUCCUCCAGCCCGCCAUUCUGAGCUUCAUCAAUUGGCUCAAUGGCGACGGUUUCAUCGACUUUGUGAGUCUUUGCGCGAGUCUCUUUCUACGCAUACACGCCACUCGUGCUGACGCUUUGCGAGUCUCUUUCUACGCAUACACGCAACUCGUGCUGACGCGCCCGCUCUCGAACAGUGGAGAGCGACGCUUUUCAUGCUCAUGGCUUCCUCUGAGCUCUACCUGUGCGCCUUGCCCGAACGACCUGCGCUCCUCGUGCGCCUCUUGCCCAACACCACGCAAGCCGAGGUGGUGUCGUUCAUGCACGAGCUCUUUCUGUCCGUGAUGCUCGCGAGCAAGCAGAUCGCGCCUCUCAUUCCCAAGCUGGGCAUCAUUCCCUCCAACAUUCCCCGGUACGGCAAGAGGACGAACGAGGAGACGCAGAGGGAUCUGCAAGAGUUGGACAGCGUCAUGGUCAGGUUGGCUCAGCUGGCCGAGGUGACGCGAGGAGAAUCGCAAAGGGGCGUGGCUGCUAGGUGAGCUGUCGCGGAAAUCGCAAAGCAAUACGCUACACGCGGCCCCUCUCUCCCCACGCUUACCCCGACGACACGUCUCGCGCAAGUCUUGAACCUCUGCGUCCCUCGCAGAGACCCUCUGCUCAGACCUUGCAACAAGCAGCGCAAGAAGCUGCCAAAGCGGGCGCACCUCCUCGGCCCAAGGGGGCCUUUUUGAUACGAGAGCCGAGUCAGGUGGAACAGACUUGGAUGCACCUGUUCGCACGGGAAGUGUUCAGAAAGAGGGUGGAGAAUAGCAGGUUGGAGAUGGGACUCGGGUCAAGCGAAAGAAGCGAUGGUGCGCCCGCGACCGCGGGCGCGCCGAAUGGACAGGCAAGCAGCGUAGCAUCGCAGCCGGGUAGAGAGACCGCGAUGCUCUCGAAUGGUCAGGGCGUAGAUGGGGACCAUCACGCCACGCCUGGCGAUCACGAUGCCAGGGUUGAGCUCACGCAAUAA